GCAGGGGCUUUAAUUUUUGGUGGUUUUGAUUUUGUGUUUUAUUCUUAAUAAUUGAGAAUUUAUCAAAUAAUGCUACCGUCUACAGGCUACUUUAAGGGAAUUAAUUGUCCAUUUUAUGAUAGUGGUUUAUGCGAGCGACCUUAUUGUCAUUUUCGUCAUGUUAAAAAAGAAUUGCAAGGCACGUCGAAUGACGGGAUCGAAAGUGGAGCGAUUCUACAGAAACUUGUGUCGGCGGCGGUACAAAAGGUUCUUCAGCAGACUGAUACCUCGCCUUCGUUGCCACAGACAGGUGUUGUGGAGAGUAUAACAGAGCAAAGCAAAGCAGCAUCAGUACCUAAGGCGACAUAUAAUCCAACCCCUAUCGCAGAACUGAACAAAAUUAAUGUAGACCUAGAAACUAUUGAUGAUGGCAAUGACCAGAAGAAAAGGCAUAUCCCAGUCCCCUACACACCAAGAAAACCUGCUAGUUUACCCAUUAAAAGAUCUUUCGAUAGUGACAAUACAUCAAAGCCAUUUGUAUUCAUACCACCUCCUCUUAAAUACACGCCAGGUUCUACUGAAAGUAUACAAUUAGAUCAAUAUACGCCUAAGGGCACUGUAGAGUCAACAGAGAAGUAUACACCUGGUGUAGAACCUGAACUACCUGAGUAUUCUCCUGUGGAAAAUCAGAAUUCAAGUAAAUUAAACUACAUUCCAUCAGAUAAAAAUGUUACCAAGAAGAAAAAUAUACUGGAAUAUAAACCUGCCAAAGUAGCUCCCAAACCAGAUGUUCCAUCAGUUACCUACCAGCCUACACCUCGCUCACUGGCUCCUUGUUUCUCCAGUGAUGAAGAUGAGCCAGAAACUAAGAAACCUAAAUUAGUUAAUGACUUAAAGGGUUUUGAUGAUUUAGAACCAGAGUUUGAUAUAUUGGAUCAAAUAUUAAAUGAAGAAAAACUGACAGAUGAUGUUAAAAAGAAAUCACUAUUGAAUGAUACAAGUAAGAAAAAAUCUUCAAAGGAACAUAAAGAAAAUAACAAUGAUGAUGCUUGCAGAAAAAACAAUAAAUCACUAAAUAAAUUUGAUUCAAAAAAGUCAUCACGGGAAAAAGGCAAGAAUGAAAAGGAUAAGUCAGCUUCUCAUGAGAAACAUAAACAUGACAGUAAGUCAAGUAGUUCUAGUAGAAAAUCAAGUCACAAAAGUUCUAGCAAAGAUAAAGACAAAGAAAAAUACAAAGAAGAUAAAAAAGAUAAACAAAAAGAUAAGAAACACUCUAGUUCCAGAAGCAGUGAUAGAAGUUCAAGACAUUCAGAAAAACUUUCUAAAAGUUCUGAUAAAGAAUCAAGAAAAUCCAAGAACUCUACGCAGCAUAAAAGCAGUACUUCUGUAAGAAAAAGUAAAGAACAUAAAUCUAAUAAUAGUUCUAAGAUGUCAAAAGAGAAACGAGAAAAAUCUGCACAGGACAAUUCUAUCAAUGGGUUUUCAGAUAAUGAUAACAAUGACAUUUCAAAUGAUAACAUUGAUUUUGAUCAAAAUGAGGAGGAGACGUAUCUUACAGAGUCAGAUGAAGAAGCAAUAGCAUUAGAGUGUAGAAAAAUAUUUGAAGAGUAUGAACCUACCAAAAAAACGAUUUAUGAAGACAUAGAAAAUAAAGUGCAAAAUGAUUGUGAGGAGGAAUAUGUGCCUACUAAAAAAAGAAUAUCUCGGACACUGGAUAAAAAUGUUAAAAUAAUACCUAAGCUUCCUGCAAAACCUGAUUUUAAAUUAAACGCAGCUCAAGCUAUGGCAGAGAGGUUGGCCAAAAUUAAAGAAUAUCAUGCUGCUAAAAAUAAUUUACAGCCAUCUAGUAAUGAACAAAACAUCCCGAAAAUAGAUUUUGCACGGAAUAGUUCAAACACAAGCACCAAGAUACGCAUUGCGCAUGUACCUUAUGCAUCAACAAUGAUGAAUGCAAAAAAAGUUUUACCACCCAGUCAAACUGUAGCUAAACAACAGCCCUCAACCAGCUCCACUAUAGUUCAAACUGUCAAAAAAGGUGUGCAAAGAGUUGCCCAUAUGCCUAAUGAAAAAUUUAUCGAUAGACCUGGAGUUCUUGAACCACUUGCCUCAAAGAUACCAGCUAAUAUAAGAUCUACAUUUUUAAAUAUGAUGAUUGAUCAGUGUUUAAAUAUAUAUCUCUCUGCAGUAGAUGCUUAUGCUCGAGCUCAGCAUGAAGAGUUAGCCACCAGUAAAAAAUGUUCUACUGUGCAAAUAUACAAAAACUCUGCUGUGCUAACAAUUAGUAGGCUCAAAAAAGAAUUGCAAGAAUGCAAAGGAGUAAAAAAAUCAGGGACAGACUGUGAUACAUUGCAGAAGUUACCACAGGGCAUAUCAGGGCAAUCUGGUAAUGCUGGGUCAUGGAGUAUAGAAAAUAAGAAUAAAAAAAUUAUAGAUUCAAAGGAAUUUAAUGGUGCAAAACUAUAUAACAAUGUAAAAAAAUGGGUGCUAUCUGAAGAACAAUUACAAAGUAAUGGUUUUCCUAGGCUUCAUCCAAAUGGAAAGAAAGGUGCAGCUAUAAUUUACGCACAAAACAAACAAAAACCACCUGUGGGAAAUAUAAGAAUGUGCUGUAGAUGUAAGAAAGAAUUCAUGAUAGAUAAAAAAGGUUUUGCAGUUGUUAAAGAGGAAUGCAUUUACCAUCCUAAUAAUAAAUAUAGAGUCCGUGGUGAGGCUCGUUAUCAGUGCUGCAGCCAAGAUGGAAUGGCUGAUGGUUGCUGCGUUGCACCCAGCCAUGUCUAUGAGUACCUUGAUUACGACAAUCUUAAGGGCUAUGUAAGAACACUACCACCUGAAAUGACAUCAGAUGAUUAUGGUGUUUAUUCAUUAGAUUGUGAAAUGUGUUACACUACACACGGCUUAGAUUUAACAAGGGUUACAGUUAUUAACUCAGUUUGCAAAGUUGUAUAUGAAACACUUGUGAAGCCGCUUCAUCCAAUAAUAGAUUAUAAUACAAGAUAUUCUGGAAUAACUGAAGAACAUAUGGCUGAAGUGAAAACUACUCUACUGGAAGUCCAGGCGACAUUGCUUACUAUGUUUAAUAGUAAAACUAUACUUAUAGGUCAUAGUUUAGAAUCAGAUUUUAAAGCUUUAAAGCUUAUCCAUGACACUGUCAUUGAUACAAGUGUUUUGUUUCCUCAUAAAAUGGGCCCACCAUAUAAAAGAGCGCUAAGGAACUUGUCCUCUGAAUAUUUGAAAAAAAUUAUUCAGAAUUCUGUAGAUGGACACGACAGUGCCGAAGAUGCCAUGGUGUGUAUGGAGUUAAUACAUUAUAAAUUAAAAGAGGACUUAAAAACAAGAUGAUGUCAAUACCUUGAAGGGUAAUUGCGUCAGUUUACCGUCCAGUGUCAGUUUCCGUCCACUUUACGGAUUAGCAAA